CGUCGUAGCGCUGUCAGACGUAAACAAAGGCCAUGCUUUCAAAAGUCGGAUUUUAAUUUUCAUCAUUUUAAAGGAUUUUCAUAGUCAAAUUCAUUGCUAGAUCGGUAUUUAGUGAAUUCCGACACCACAAACCGAUGGUUUCUCAAAGCAUGUUCCAACGAGGUAAAUCUAAGGUCACCCGAAAGCGAUAUCACGAUGAUUCGUCGAAGAAAAAGUCCAAAAAACAAAAGCCAACGAAGCAAGAGUCCGAGGAGGAGAUUGAAUCCGAUGUCGAAGUCAAUAGUGGCGAUGAGCUGGAAAUCACAAAGCCCAUGAAAGACUUCCACGUCUCGGAGGACGAAGAUGAAGUUGAGACUCCUGCACAAAAAAAGGUCCGUUUAGCCAAACAGUAUCUCGCUGAGCUCGCGGAACAAGAAAAAGAUAAAUUAGCCGAUGAAUCGGAGGAUGACGAUGAUAAUAUUUUGGAUGAUCGUAUCAAACAACGCCUAAAAGAGGAACAUUUGGAACAAAUUGGGAAACUGAGACGCAGCAUUGCACACGAAUUUGUCGGAUAUGACGCCGGAAAAAUUGUUACCUUGAAACAUCGCUUCCAAAAGUCCCCCUUAACGUGUGUGUGUUUCAGUCCCGAUGAAAAAACCCUCUUCACCGGAUGUAAAAACAACAUUUUACUGAAAUGGGAAGUGGCUACGUGCAAGCAACUGCUAAAAGCUGACCUGUGUACGAAGAAUGGUGAUAUGAAGGGACGUCGUUUCACGAAUUGUAUGGCAAUUAGUUCAGACGGGAAAUUCCUGGCAGUCGGCGAUGGAAGUACAGAUAUUCAAGUUUUCUGUCCCAGCACGUUAAAGUUUCUCGGACUGCUAAAGGGCCAUCGUGCGAUUGUCAAUGCCUUGGUUUUCCGCAAGGGAUCGCAUCAACUAUACAGCGCAAGUGCCGAUCGAUCUGUCCGAAUUUGGUCAAUGGAUGACAUGGCAUUCGUGGAAGCCUUGUUUGGACAUCAAACGCCCGUUACCGGCAUCGAUGCACACAUUCGAGAACGAGCAAUCACGUCAGGGGGUAGCGACAGGUCUGUGCGAAUCUGGAAAAUUGUCGAAGAAUCGCAACUUGUGUAUUCCGGAGGGCACGAUGGAAGCAUAGAAAGUGUAAAAUUAAUUAAUGAAGAGACUUUUCUCACGUCCGGCGACGAUGGACAGUUGUGCGUGUGGAAUGUGAACAAAAAGAAACCACUAACGAGUGUAAAACUCGCUCAUGGUACAACAGAAAAGGGACACGCGAAUUGGAUCAGUGCCAUUACCACAGUGCUCAACACAGAUUUAGUGGCAUCGGGAUCGUGCGAUGGAUUUUUACGCGUUUGGCGAUUAAGUGAAAAUUUUUCAAAAAUUACGGAGCUCUUUUCCGUUCCCGUGGAAGGAUUUAUUAACGACUUGCGAUUCAUGGAUGGUGGUAACAAAAUUGUCGCGUGUGUCGGACAAGAACAUCGACUCGGUCGAUGGUGGACACAAAAACAAGCUAAAAAUUGUUUGCUAAUUAUACCAUUAGUUAAGUCUAGUAGUGACGGCGAUGACGAUGAAUAAAUUUAAUUUUCUUCUUUUUUGCCUAAAUUUGUGAGAGUGUCCUCGAAUUCCUUCGGUUCAACUUUGCGUUUGUCAGCAGCAUGUGCGGGGGGACCUAUUAACUCGACAACUUGAUCAUAGUUGAGGGUUUCGCGUUCAAGAAGUGCCUCGGCAAGCUAAAAGAAAUUACAAAAAUUAACUUUAAAAAAAAAAUUUUAAUUAAAAUUUC